AUGCUGCGCCACGUGCUCUGCGUGUUGGUCCUUGCGCUGUGCUGCUGCACAUCUAUGUGUGCGGCUGGUGCUGCUCUUGCACCUGAGGGUACAGCUGAAUUGCAGCUUGGUAAUGGCGCCGCGAAGGUAACACUGACGCGGACGGUUGAUAAAAGCAAAUGCACACCAUCGUCCACCCAGGCUGCUGGGGAAACCAAGGAUGUUACCAUUUCCACUACGUUUACUUUCAAGAAGAAGGUUGAAUCAGAAGAGGCGAAAGUAAUUACGAAUGGACCGUCUACGGUAGUCACUGUCCCCGAUGGGUCCAGCGUAGCACUGACUACUUCACUCGUUUUUGAGUGUACGAAGCAAGGUGGAGCUGGUUCCAACACUGCUACGAACUGCUCAGAGGUCACAGCUACCAACAGUAUCACCUAUGAUGUCAGCGUGAAGUCCACUGCUUCUUCCCAGGCCACUGUAAAUCUUCCGGAGCCACCAAGCCAUGAAGUGAAGGUACCAACGGGGUACGAUGUGAAGAUCGUCGAGAACGUCGUGGCUACUUGCGCCCCGCCAACUACAGCCGGACCAACUCUCCCGUCUUCCAGGAGUUUAAGCUCCGGCGGACAACAAGGUACGUCGUCUACGAAUACAAACGGUAAAGAUAUUUCUCAGACACUUCAGCAUUCGCCAGCUGAGGAUAAUACCGCCGAACAAGAUUCAGACAAACUGGCGCUUGAGGCGAAAACUCCAUCGGGGAAAUCAGACACACCAUUAAGUAGCACCUCCACCGACAGCGCAAAUCCAAAUGAUGAAGUUACUGAUGGUGAAAGGAGCAAUGCUGCCCGCAAAGACCUCUCCACCCCGACUUCCAGCGAGGCAGAGAGCACAGAAACAGACAGCUCCGUCACAGUGAAUGGCGCCGAUCACACUGCCUCCACAGCCACACCUCAAUCAGAGACCACCGCCGAAGGGGCUUCCAAUACUGAUGCCGGUACUCCCACCUCUGCGGGAGAGGGCGUGAAGCCUCCUGGCCGCAACAGCGACGCAAGCAGCAGCAGCACUGCGUGGAUGCGCGUGCCACUAAUACUGCUGCUGUUUGCCUGCGUGGCCGUGUAG